AUGUCGUCCAACGUCGACAAACGUGAGAUCACCAGCCAGUCCAUCCCAGGGUACUUCACCGGCAGCUGCAGCAAAGAGAAGAUGACACAGAGUAGCUUUCUCGAUGCCGUCCAAUGCCUGAUGGACAAGCCUGCCAAGUCCGGAUUGACCGCCACUACCAGCCGGUUCAGUGAUCUUCAAGCCCUUCACCGUGGAAUGACCACUACUGCAUACGCGGAUAUCAUUCAUCACGUUGGCCAAUUCCUCCCGUGGCACCGCUACUACAUGCACAUAUACGAGAACUUACUCCGAGAUGAGUGUGGCUAUACUGGCCCCAUCCCAUGGUGGGACGAGCAGAAAGAUGCCGACAGCGGCAAUAUGUGGCAGUCAUCCAUGUGGGGACCAGAUGCUUUCGGCGGCAAUGGUACCGGAUCGGAUUCCUGUGUGACUGACGGUCGUUUCGCCAACUACACCUUGCACAUUGGUCCCGGCGACGAGGAUACCGACUAUUGCCUGCGACGCGCAUGGGACAACGAAAACGCGAUUGCCAAUGCGAACAGCACCGCCCUUAACCAUUGUAACGCUUAUAACACUUUCUCACCUUGGUGGGAUUGCAUUUCGAACAUUCCCCAUAAGGGCGUGCACACCUACAUUGGUGGUGUGAUGGCCGAUAUCAAAUCCUCUCCCGGUGACCCGAUUUUCUUUAUGCACCAUAUGUACAUCGACCGUGUUUGGUGGAAGUGGCAGAAGGAGGACCCUAUCAACCGUCUCUACGAUAUCAGCGGACCGACCUUGAACCAUACGGCCAAUGUUGAACCUGCCGGUGGCUGGCAGAAUGCUACCCUUCACUAUGAAUUGUCGUCCUUCAACAUCAAGCCCAAUGUUACUAUUGGGGAGGUUAUGAACACUCAGGGCGGAUACCUUUGUUAUGGGUACGAUUAG